AUGAGCAGCAACAACAAGAAGGCGCCAGCAGGCAAGGACGACAGGAAGAACCCCGCCAGCAAGGAGGAGAGUCCGGCCAACAAGGAGGACGCGGCCUCGGCCUCGACCGGAAGCAAUGGCGCCCCAGGAAGUGGAGAACCCUCGCAGCCGGGAAGCAAACCUGGGUCCGCGGGGGCCAACGUCAGAGAAGCUGCUCAGCGAUUGCUGGGACUUGCUGCUCGUGGCGAAUGGGCCCCCGUUGACCAGGUGCUCAAGUCCCUGGAGAAGGCCAACCAGGGCGCGGCUGAAGAUGGCACCCCGGCCUCCCUGGCGGGCCUCAUGGACCCGGCCACGGGGAUGACGCCGUUAAUGUAUGCUGUUAAAGACAACAGAACCGCAUUUCUAGACAGGAUGAUUGAUCUUGGAGCUGAUGUUGGAGCCCGCAAUAAUGAUAAUUACAAUGCCCUCCACAUAUCGGCCAUGUAUUCGAGGGAGGACGUCGUCAAACUUCUGCUCACCAAGAAGGGAGUGGAUCCUUAUGCCACAGGAGGGCCCAGACAACAGACAGCAGUUCACCUGGUGGCCUCUAGACAAACGGGCACGGCGACGUCCAUUCUUCGGGCACUUCUUGCAGCAGCUGGAAGGGACAUACGAUUAAAAGUGGACGGAAGGGGCAAGAUUCCGCUUCUGCUGGCCGUGGAGGCUGGGAACCAGUCCAUGUGUCGAGAGCUCCUAGCCCAGCAGGCCCAGGACCAACUCAAGACCACCACUCCUGCUGGGGACUCCGCGCUGCACCUCGCCGCCAGGAGAAGGGACGUCGACAUGGUCAGGAUCCUCGUGGACUACGGCGCUCCUGUCGACAUGCAGAACGGCGAAGGCCAGACGGCCCUGCACAUCGCGAGUGCAGAAGGUGACGAGACUUUGGUCAAGUACUUCUAUGGGGUUCGCGCAUCAGCCUCCAUAACCGACCAUCAAGAUCGAACCCCGAUGCACCUGGCUGCGGAAAAUGGACACGCCUCGAUAAUCGAACUGCUGGCCGAUAAAUUCAAGGCUAGCAUCUUCGAGAGGACGAAGGACGGCUCGACUCUGAUGCACAUUGCAUCCUUGAACGGGCACUCGGAGUGCGCCACCAUGCUCUUCAAGAAGGGGGUGUACUUGCACAUGCCCAAUAAAAGAGGGGCGAGGUCCAUUCAUACUGCAGCCAGGUACGGUCACGUGGGAAUCAUCAGUACGCUGCUGCAACGAGGUGAAAAGGUGGACGCAGUAACCAACGACAAUUACACGGCGUUGCACAUCGCGGUGGAAAGUGCCAAGCCUGCAGUAGUCGAGACUCUUCUGGGUUAUGGAGCCGAAGUUCACGUCCGUGGAGGGAAACUUCGUGAAACUCCUUUGCACAUAGCUGCCAGGGUACCCGAUGGCGACAGAUGCGCGUUGAUGCUGCUUAAAUCAGGUGCUGGACCCAACCUGGCCACCGACGAUGGACAAACUCCUGUUCACGUGGCGGCCAGCAAUGGGAACCUCGCUACCUUAUUGCUGCUCCUAGAGGAUGGAGGAGAUCCCAUGUUCAAAUCUAAAAACGGAGAGACGCCGCUGCAUCUUGCAUGUCGAGGAUGCAAAGCGGACGUGGUCCGGCAGCUGAUAGAAUUCGUGAAGGAGAAAAGGGGUCCCGAGGUUGCAACGGCAUACGUCAAUAGUGUAACGAACGAAGGAGCGAGUGCUCUGCAUUAUGCAGCUCAGAUAGAGCCAACGGAAGUGACGACUCUAGGAGAUGACCGAGCGGUUGUCAGAGCACUCCUUGAAAACGGAGCCGAUGUCUCCUUGCAGACCAAGCAGGCCCAAGAAUCUGCAUUUCAUCACUGUGCCUUAGCAGGGAACAACGAGGUCCUGUCGGAGAUGAUCAGCCACAUGUCGGCGACGGAGGUGCAAAAGGCACUCAACAGGCAAAGUGCAGUGGGAUGGACGCCAUUAUUAAUAGCUGCUCAUCGAGGCCACAUGGAACUGGUGACAAAUUUGCUGGCCAACCAUGCCAGGGUGGACGUCUUCGACCUGGAGGGCAGAUCUGCUCUGCACCUGGCGGCAGAACAUGGAUACUUGCAGGUCUGUGACGCUUUGCUGGCGAACAAGGCGUUCAUCAACUCCAAAUCCAGAGUGGGCAGAACGGCACUCCACCUGGCAGCUAUGAACGGCUACACCCACCUGGUGCGGUUCCUGGUGCAGGACCACGGAGCCGCGAUCGACGUCCUGACCCUGCGGAAGCAGACUCCUCUUCACCUGGCGGCGGGAGCUGGUCAGCUGGAGGUGUGCAAACUCCUGCUGGAACUGGGAGCCAGCAUCGACGCGACCGACGACCAAGGCCAGAAACCCAUUCACGCCGCCGCCAUGAACAAUUACGCGGAAGUUGCCCAGCUCUUCCUUCAAAGACAUCCUAGCUUGGUGAUGGCCUGCACCAAGGAUGGCAACACCUGCGCCCAUAUCGCCGCCAUGCAGGGCAGCGUCCGCGUCAUCGAGGAGCUGAUGAAGUUCGACCGUCAGGGCGUAAUCUCUGCCAGGAACAAACUCACCGAAGCCACCCCUUUGCAGUUGGCUGCCGAAGGUGGACACGCCGAAGUGGUCAAAGCCCUGGUCAGGGCGGGGGCUUCGUGUGCGGACGAGAACAGGGCGGGUUUCACUGCCGUCCAUCUCGCAGCCCAACACGGCCAUGGCCAGGUCCUGGAGGUCAUGAGGUCCUCCCAGUCCCUCAGGAUCUCCAGCAAGAAACUCGGCGUUACCGCCCUGCACGUUGCCGCGUAUUUCGGCCAAGCGGAUACGGUGAGAGAGUUAUUGACUCAUGUUCCUGGAACCGUAAAGUCGGAUCCACCCACUGGAGGAUCGCUCGUUGGAGAACUAGGAAGUGAAUCUGGAAUGACACCUUUACAUCUUGCGGCUUAUUCCGGAAAUGAGAACGUAGUGCGAUUGCUGCUCAACUCUGCGGGGGUGCAAGUCGAAGCAGCAACUACGGAAAAUGGUUUCAACCCUUUACAUCUGGCCUGCUUCGGGGGUCACAUCACGGUCGUGGGUUUGUUGCUGAGCAGAAGUGCCGAAUUGCUGCACAGUGCCGACCGGUACGGAAAAACCGGACUGCACAUAGCUGCAACACAUGGUCACUAUCAAAUGGUCGAAGUACUCCUGGGCCAAGGGGCGGAGAUCAAUGCUACCGAUAAAAAUGGCUGGACUCCACUCCAUUGUGCCGCGAGAGCGGGACACCUCGACGUAGUGAGACUCCUCGUGGAAAGUGGAGCUUCGCCAAAAAGUGAGACCAAUCUUGGUAGUGCCCCAAUUUGGUUCGCAGCAUCCGAGGGCCACAACGACGUUCUAAAGUACCUCAUGGAAAAGGAGCACGACACCUAUGCCCUGAUGGAGGACAGAAGGUUCGUCUACAACAUGAUGGUCUGCAGCAAGAACAACAACAACAAGCCCAUCGAGGAGUUCGUGCUGGUAUCCCCAGCCCCAGUGGACACGGCGGCGAAGCUGUCCAACAUCUACGUGAAACUAUCGGAGAAGGAGAAGGAGAGAGCAAAAGACCUGAUAGCAGCUGGCAAGCAGUGCGAGGCCAUGGCGACGGAAUUGUUGGCAUUGGCAGCCGGAGCGGACUCGGCAGGGCGAAUUUUGACGUCCAUGGACAGGCGAAACGUGGAGUUCCUGGACGUGCUGAUAGAGAACGAGCAAAAGGAGGUGAUAGCGCACACGGUGGUCCAACGAUAUCUCCAGGAACUCUGGCAAGGAAGUCUGAACUGGAACGCCUUCCGCACCAUUCUGCUGUUUGUGGCCUUUUUGGUGUGUCCACCAGUAUGGGUGGUCUUCGCCCUGCCUUUGGGACACAAGUACAACAACGUGCCUAUCAUUAAGUUCAUGUCGUACCUGACCUCGCACAUAUACCUGAUGGUGUUCCUGCUGCUGGUGGGCAUCACGCCGAUCUACCCUGUGGUCAGAGCCAGCUUGGUGCCCUACUGGUACGAGUGGUGUUUGCUGGUGAUGCUGUCCGGUCUGCUGCUCUUCGAGCUGACCAAUCCCAGUGAUAAGAGCGGUUUGGGCUGGAUAAAGCUCGCCGUUCUCCUUUUUGGCGUCUUUGGCGUCGCCUUCCAUCUUCUGGGAUUCGUCGUCGUCCACAGGCAACAAUGGCCCACCUUGCUGUACCUGAGGAACCAAUUGUUCGCCCUGAGCUUUCUGCUUGCCUGCGUGCAGAUCCUCGACUUCCUCUCCUUCCAUCAUCUCUUUGGACCUUGGGCCAUCAUCAUCGGCAACCUCAUGAAGGACCUUGCGCGGUUCCUCGCCGUCCUCGCCAUCUUCGUUUUUGGCUUUUCCAUGCAUUUCGUCGCGCUCAACCAGGCAUUCAAAAACCAAACUCUCCAGGAGGCCAGGAUUGAGGAUAGGAAGAGGAAAAAAGCCUUCUCCGACGAUUUGUUGGCCAAUGUUACGGAGUGGAUGAUGGAGACGCCACCGCCGGCGGCGCCUCCUCGUCGCUACGGGCGCUACAAGAAAAAGAAUGAGUGUUGUGACGAUAACACCCGAGAUUUAAAGAUGAACCCGGUACUCGCCUUCGAGUACUUGUUCUUCGCUGUCUUCGGCCAAACCACCCACAGCGAGCUCAAGGUCGAGACCAUGCAGCCGGAGUGGACCUCGGUCCUCUUCAAGCUGGCCUUCGGUGUUUACAUGUUGGUCUCGGUAGUCGUGUUAAUUAAUCUCCUCAUCGCCAUGAUGAGCGACACCUACCAGAGGAUUCAGGCACAGUCCGAUAUUGAGUGGAAGUACGGACUGAGCAAGCUUAUUAGAAACAUGCACAGAACGACGACGGCACCUUCGCCGCUGAAUCUGCUGACAACCUGGAUAGUUUACCUAAUCAAGAUGUGCAAGCACCGCGCAGCGAAGAGAAAAAGACCAUCCCUGGUCCGGAUGAUGGGCCUGCAACACACGGGGCGUCUUUCCCCCAGGUCCAAGAUGGGCGCCAAGUGGCUGGCCAAGGUCAAGAAGGGCCAGGUCCGCCCGAAGAACAGCGUGGCCCUGUCGGUGGUGCAUCUCAGUCCCCUGGGGAGUCAGUUGUCCUUCAACAGCGUGACCAGGAUCGAGAACGUCGUCGAUUGGGACUCCAUAAGGAAGAAGUACCUCGCGCUGACCGGCAACGAGCCCGAAAAGGACGUGGACAAGGAUGACAAGGAUGACGACAAAGACGACGAGGAGGAGAACGGGCAGACCGCCCCCAACACCUCCACGGUGCCAACAGCCUCAACGCCACCGAUAUGA